AUAUGGGUCUACAAAGGAUUUAUUGCAUAUAAUGAUGACAUUAAAUUACCUGUAGAAAUAGGUACAAAUACCAAGGUAUUGCAUAUAAUUGGAUUAUUUUAACAGAAUAUAUGUAUAAGCUGUGUAAGCUGUAUUCUUCCACAAAGUGUUGUCAGCCGGCCGGAUAUCAAUUGAACUUGUGACCCGAGACACUACGUCACAUUUGGAGUGAGGGCCCGCACAGCGCUGGGAAUAAUACAGCAGCCGAGAUUGAAGUUCAAGUGACUACUUUUGUAACCAUAUUUGGGCAUAAUCCGGGACUCAGUCUUUAAUUGUAGUAUAAAACCCCAAGGACUGACGCCCCAAGUGCUUUUAGAUCAUUCAACUAGCUGAGACUACUUGUAUGUCAGUCUAAUAGUCGGUACUGCCCGUAGCUUAGGCAGAUAACCACUUCUACGUUUCCAGCAAGAUCCUGUAAUACAUUUGUUAGUAAUAAAACUUCAUUUAUAUUACAACUGCUGAGAGGUACACCCCAUUCUGCCUCCCAAGGGAUCCGCUCGCCCAAGGCCAACCUUAUCCCUCAACCGCGGGAUACAACAACUGGUGUCAGGUGUGUGGGGUGAUUAGCAGCCAGACGAGGAUCACCUGGAACGUCGAAGGAGGAGGAGGAAGAGUCUACCAGCCAGGAGAACUUCCUACUCAUAACAGUUGGUAAGACCCAUCUGUUCAGUGGCUCAUUAACUGGGCACUUGCAGUUCUUCUAAAGGAAGAACAAGGGAUUGGAAUCGAACAGCGUACUAGAGGUGAAGAAAGAGGAGCCUCAUUAGUGUGGGAAUUGUGCAAGAAGGUAGUCAGCAGUCUCUGCAGAGGGGUGGAGACGAGAAGAAGACGAUUUUUAGUGUUGCUUCGAUAAGCUAUUCCUAAGAUAGAAAUUUACAAGUUACAGGAACGGCGGAGCUGAGAAGGAGCAGAUAACAGAUAGGCGAAGGGUGAACGACCGAGAGACUUCGAGGGGAACCAGAGGACGAGCCAGCUGUGAGAGAGGAAGAAGGACCAGCUACACCAGAUAAACUUCCAUUAUCAUCAACGAUGCAGUAUAGGAAGACAUGGAUCAUAGCAGUAUGGAUCGUUUGGUCAUGGGGAAUCUGGGAAACAAAUGCCUCAACUGAAGACCUUGGAUACGCCGUAGAUCGAUAUGAUGAAUCACCAGGGAUAUAUUACGAACAUCUAGGAGAAGUUAACUUGUUUAAUACAGAAUGGAAAACAGUGGUAUACUUAGACAUAAAGGAUACAGACCAAAAAUCAGAUAAAAUAGGAGAAUACAUAGAACACAUAAGCAAAUUAUGCUUGACCACUUCAAUUAGAAAUUGGACAAACUGUAACCGUUUCGAAAACAUAGCGAGAGAUAGACUGAGUCAGAUUAGAGGAAGCGAAAGGUUGUUAAAAGACUUGAUAGGAAGCAAUCCUAGUCACCGUAGGAGACGUCGAGGAGUUUUUAACUUUAUUGGCGAAAUUAGUAAGGUUCUGUUUGGCACAAUGGAUUCGGACGACGCUGAGUACUAUAAUGAACAAAUCAAACGAUUCGAGGAAAACUCGGAGGAUGUAACAGACUUAAUGAAGCAACAAUUAUCGAUUGUCAAGGCUUCGUUGGGAACUUUUAAUGAAACAAUAUCCGAUAUGGAAUAUAAUAAUAACCUUAUCAAAAGAGGAUUGACCGAAUUAAAAACUUAUAUGGAGAAAUUUAUAGGAGAAACCGAAGCUAGACUGGACCUAAUAUCGAUUAAGAUUAAUAUAGAAAGUCACAUUGCUCAAGUUAACAAUGCCUUGAAUGCUAUGCAAAGAAAUCUUGAUUUACUAAUAGAAAGUAUAUUGAAUGCACAGAAAGGAGUGUUGCAACCACAAAUUGUUUCCCCUAGCUUAAUUCUUGAGAGUUUGAAGAAGAGCAUUCCGUAUUUUCCCGAAGGUACACUGACACCAUUUUCCUUAAGCAAAGACUCGAUCAGUAUGAUUUAUAAAUUAUCUGAUGUACAUGUAUACAUAAAUAAGGAUAUAUUAGGGUAUGUAAUAACCCUACCGCUGGUGAAUAAGAGUGUUUUUAAGGCAUUAAAACUAAUACCUCUUCCCAUAGCCAAGGACAAAUUCAAGUUUGUGUACAUUGAGACAGAGAAUUCAAUAUUGUAUGUGGACGAAACUAGACAAUAUUAUUUCACCACCAGCAGAGAGGAACUGGACAAAUGUAAGUUAAUGAAAGCAAGUUCAUUUGUAUGUAAACAGAGUCAACCCCUACUAAAUAGUCACCUGAGAGAAUCUUGUGUAGUAAAAUUGUUACAGCCCAGGAGAACUAUACCUCAGAGUUGUGAUACCCGAUUAGUGUCUAUCACGCACCCGGUGUGGACACAACUGGAGAGGCGAAAUGAGUGGAUAUACUUUAUCCCAUCUAGCGAUAGUGUGACGAUUGUGUGUCCCAACAAGGAACCAGUGGAAGUGUUGCUCACUCACACUGGGAAGCUAGAAAUUCAAGCAGGGUGUAAAGGUUACACAAAAACAGCAUUAUUAUCAACAGUAAAGGAAAUUAAGGUGAACGAUUCCAGAAAGGGAGGAGACCUACUAUCAAAGGUAGACGCCGAAUUUGAAUGCUGUGAACAAUUAGGCUCUCACCUCAACCUGAGCCAUAUAGAUUUAGAUAUGAAAUUCAAACAUAUAGUUAAUCAUGUAGAGGACUUAAAAUUCGCUAGUUUUAAGAUUUCUGAACUGGAAAAGUUAGCCAGAGAGCAUGAAUGGAAGAGCAGGUAUGCUCAGUACCAUAACACGUAUUCAGUGUUAGCAUAUAUUUUUGCUAGUGUAUUGAUGAUAUAUGUACUGUAUAAGCUAGUGAGGUGUGUAUUACCUCGUUUUAAAGCAAACACUGCCCUAAGAGCGAUCGCUGCCUCCACCACAGAACGUUUGGGUCUCACCACAGAGUCAAACGGAAGGGGCAACAUAGUAAACAUUAAUAUUAAAACCAGCAGCGAAAGCAUUGCAAGUAACCCAGAAGAUAUCCCACUUCGAACUCUACCGGAGGUUACCAACCUCAGAGAAACCGGAGAAGUUCGCAGAUCAACAAGAAGUAGAUCUGCAAAAUCACAUUUCUAAAUUCAGUUAAAGUGUAAAUUCUGCAAAAUCACAUUUCUAAAUUCAGUUAAAGUGUAAAUUCUGCAAAAUCACAUCUCUAAAUUCAAUUAAAGUGUAAAUUGAAUUUUUUCCUAAGGGGGAGGUGUUGUAUAUGGGUCUACAAAGGAUUUAUUGCAUAUAAUGAUGACAUUAAAUUACCUGUAGAAAUAGGUACAAAUACCAAGGUAUUGCAUAUAAUUGGAUUAUUUUAACAGAAUAUAUGUAUAAGCUGUGUAAGCUGUAUUCUUCCACAAAGUGUUGUCAGCCGGCCGGAUAUCAAUUGAACUUGUGACCCGAGACACUACGUCACAUUUGGAGUGAGGGCCCGCACAGCGCUGGGAAUAAUACAGCAGCCGAGAUUGAAGUUCAAGUGACUACUUUUGUAACCAUAUUUGGGCAUAAUCCGGGACUCAGUCUUUAAUUGUAGUAUAAAACCCCAAAGACUGACGCCCCAAGUGCUUUUUAGAUCAUUCAACUAGCUGAGACUACUUGUAUGUCAGUCUAAUAGUCGGUACUGCCCGUAGCUUAGGCAGAUAACCACUUCUACGUUUCCAGCAAGAUCCUGUAAUACAUUUGUUAGUAAUAAAACUUCAUUUAUAUU